GAACGAUUGAUGAUAAUAUUAUUGUUGUAGAUUAUAGAAUGAAAGAUGAUGAGAUUUUUAAACGAAUCAAAAUUCCAACAUUUGUUCAACUAAUUUUACAAAUAUCUGAAGUACAACAACAACAAAAUAAUGAUUUAAACAACCAUAAUUCAUGUAGUACACCAAGAAAUGAAGUUGACAAUCGUAUUAAUAAUAAGUCAAUAAAUCGCAAUGAUUCUGCACAUGGCAAUGUGGAUCCACCUCUAACUGAAAGAUCUACACUUGAAAGUCUUGUUACUGGUGUUGGAGAAUUUGACAUAUGUUUUGGUCAGUCACGUUCACAAAUCCCAGAUACAACUAGCAAACUGACUUCAUUAGUCGACAGUCCAUAUUUAUUACUUGAUGUAAGAGAUCGAGAUGAUUAUGAUGCAUGUCAUAUUAUAACAGCUCGUAAUUAUCCAAUUGCAAUGUUAUCCCGUAGUGUAAAUUUUGAAACUACUGAAAUGUUAGCUUAUCGUAAUCGACCUGAUCAUAUUAUUAUUGUAUAUGAUGAAGAUGAACGUUUAGCACCUAGAGCUGCAUCUACAUUAGUACAGAGAGGUUAUUGUAAUUUAUUUAUGUUAUCAGGUGGAUUAAAAGUAGCAUGGAAAUUAUUUCCAAAAGGAUUAAUCAUUGGAGAAAUGCCAUUAUCUAUUUCAUAUGCUUUGAAAUUACGUGGGAAAACUCGGAUAUCAUCUAGACCAUCGUCUCAUCAAAGUUCUAUUCAUAAUUCUCAAAUUAAUCAAAAUUCUUUUAUACCAAAUUCAUCUACAACAUCGCUCCAAUUAGAUCGUCGAAAUGGUAAUAUGCCAUUAAUGUAUUGUGCAUUAGGGACACGAGAUAAUUUAGACGGAUGUGAAGAAUUUCUACCUGAAGAUAUUGUUCAUUUAACGUUAACGAUAGAAAAAGGUGUUGACGAUGGACGUUCCAUUCGAUCGAAUUACAGUCGUUGUACUAAUUCAUCAACAUGUUAUUCAAAGGUAACUAAUGGUAGAAAACCUUUUCGUUAA